AUUGAUGUAAGAGGAUAUACAGCUGAAAGCCCUCAGUUUCAGACUCAGCUUUCCACAGAAGGUUUCUAAUUAGGCGUGGAAUUGCAAGACCUCUGUAGAAGGAUGUUGUUACUAAACUGUUCCACCAAAUUGCUGAUGCUGGAGAAAAUGUUGAAGAGUCACUUUCCUGAAUCACUCAAGGUUUAUGGAGCAGUGAUGAACAUAAAUCGUGGAAAUCCCUUUCAAAAGGAAGUGGUGUUGGAUUCAUGGCCAGACUUCAAAGUUGUCAUCACUCGGCGGCAGAGAGAGGCUGAGAGAGAUAACCUGGACCAUUAUACUAAUGCCUAUGCUGUGUUCUACAAGGAUGUCAGGACUUAUCAACGGCUGUUGGAAGAACAUGAUAUUAUCAACUGGGACCAGGUUUUCCAAAUACAAGGGCUGCAGAAUGAGUUAUUUGAUGUCUCCAAAGCUGUUGCCAACUCAAAGCAGUUGGAUGUAAAGCUAACUUCAUUCAAGGCAGUUCAUUUCUCUCCUGUUUCAACUCUGCCAGACAUCAGUUCCCUAAUGGGGUCUUCCCCACGACUAACUUACCUGAGUGUUGCUGAUGCUGAUCUGCUCAACCAGACUUGGUCACGGGGUGGCAAUGAACAGUGUCACCAGUAUAUCGCCAAUCUCAUCUCCUGCUUCCCCAGUGUGUGUGUCCGUGAUGACAGGGGAAACCCAGUCUCCUGGUCUAUCACAGACCAGUUUGCCACCAUGUGCCAUAGCUAUACCCUGCCUGAGCACCGCAGGAAAGGUUAUAGCCGGCUGGUGGCCCUCACACUGGCCAGGAAAUUGCAAAACAGGGGAUUCCCCAUUCAGGGCAAUGUCCUGGAUGACAAUGUGGCAUCCAUAACCCUUCUGAAGAGUCUCAAUGCUCAGUUUUUGCCUUGUCGUUUUCAUAGGCUUAUUCUUACUCCUGCAUCUCUCUCUCUAACCUAGUGAAACUCUAGGAAUUUUCUUCCUUUCCCUGAAUACACCAGCACGGGGAGAAUUAAAAUUGGAAUCAGGAUUUUGGUAAUGGAUAGUGGCAGUGAUAGCACAACAUUGUGAAAGUAAUUAACAGUACUCAAUUAUAUAUUUGAAUGUGUUUAAAAGGGGAAAUUUUAGGUUGUGUAUAC